AUGGGGAAGUCACGGUUCGUGUGCGAGUACUGCAACAAGUCGUUCGAAGACUCGCACGAAGCGCGGCAGCGCCACAACCGCGGACGCAACCACAAGGCCAACGUCAAGCUCUGGUACGACAGUUUCGCAGAUCACGAACGACGUGCAGUCAAUGCGACGUCAGGAAUCUCUGCAGGAACGCCACAAACGACUCGCCCCGACUCGACUUUACUAGUGCCCAUACAGCCAUUCGCAGCAGCACUUUACCACGAACCACCCGCUGUCACGCAAGAUCUCCCGCCAUCGAUGCAUCCAGCUCCACCCGGCGCCUUCUACUACUGUCGAUCCGAUUGGGGCUGA